AAUCCAAUCUCAAAUCCACAAAGAAAAAAAAACGAAAAAGUAACCGUUGACGGUUUCAUUAAACCAUGACUCAUUCUUUUUUCUCUCUCUCACUAAAACCCUUUUCAGUUCUUUCUCCUUAAGAAAGCAAAGCACUAUCCAUAGAAGUAGAAUCUCCCUAACACAAGUUUCAGAAUCCAUAACACUUCCCGAAAAGCAAAAACCCUAACUAAUUACUCCAAGAAUCAAUUUCUUAUAAUUCCGUUUUAAUUCCAAUUUAUUAUUUAUUAAACUCUCGUUAAUGGACUUUAUUAUUUUUACGCUCCAAUUUAAAUUAACUCCAUUUUUCACACAAACCUAAAAUUUCUCCAUUCUUCUAACCUUCUUCCAUGGCGGAAACUGCUCCUUCGUUGGCGAAGAAGAAGAAAAAAACCGCGCAAUUUUCUUCUUCUUCUCCUUCUCCACUUGCAAUUUUUUCGAGGAAAAGUUUGUUCUAUGAUAGGCUUCCUUCACAGCCUUUAAGACUCUCUGUUCUCAAAUUGGACGGUUCUUCAUUCGAUAUUCAAGUUUCAAAGAAUGCAACUAUUGCGGAGCUUAAGGAUUCAGUGGAAGCUGUUUUUAGUUACAUGCCUCAGAAUGGUCCAGGCAAAAUUUCAUGGCCACAUGUUUGGGGACAGUUUUGCUUAUGCUAUGAUGAAAAGAAGCUAGUUAAGGAGGAGGAUUAUCUUAGAAAUUAUGGCGUCAAGGAUGGUGACCAGCUCAAUUUCAUCCGCCAUGCAUCAAAUAAUUGUGGUGUUCAAAGAAAGCGGUCAAAGAAAAGAGUUUUCCAUUUGAAACAACACAGGAGGUCACAAGUGAAUUACUGCAAACAGAAAGAAAAUAGUGAUAAUGCUGAUGAUGAAAACGACGACAACAUUGAUUCUGAUGAGAAUGAAGAGGUCAAAGAUCACACUAAAGCAGUGCAUGUUGCAAAGAACAAGAUAACUGGCUUUAUGGGAUUUGUUAUCCACACCACUAGCAAUUGUGAGAAAAACAAAAACUCAAAACCAGAUCUUCCCGGCGACAAUUUCCAGGUGUUUGCUUGGCAGUUUCAGAAAGAUGAGAAGGAUUGUUUGUUUCGGAAAGAGACAGCAGUAUUCGAUUUGGAAACGGUACUGACAAUAUUUUAGACAUUUCAAGUAGUCCCAUGAUAAUGUAUACAACAAGCAUGGUUGAUGUUUGGAUGGUUCUAAGAACCUUUUGGUGCCUAGAUGCAACUAUGCUUACUAUGGUUGUUGCUGUGUUUCCUAUGUUUGGAUGCUACAAUUGAACCGAUAUCAGUAUGGAUGUUGUUUGUAGAAACUCUGUUUGGGCCUACUUGUCGUUGGGUUGGAAAAUUCAUUAAUAAUAUUUUUAUUGUUGGCUAA